AUGUUUAACUUACAAACAGGACCGAAAGAAGUAUUUCCAUAUAACUACUACAGCAGUGUUUUGUUAGCAAAUGACAACAGAACUGGUGUCAUUUCUGAAGCAUGUAAGUUUAUCCAUGAUGCAGAUACAUUUAUGAAGAACAUAGAUUCCAUCAAAGGUUGCAGAAUAGAUGAAAACCACUUCGACUUAGAAAAAUAUAGCACGUUUUACUGCAAACAAGAUGUAAGAAUUUUAAGAGAAGGUUUUGUAAAGUUCCGCAAUGACUUAUUGAAAGAGUUUGAUUUAAACGUUUAUGACUACGUUAGUAUUUGUUCUAUUGCUAACAAAUUGUUUGAGAACAGAGUAUACUUCCCGAAUGGAAAUCUUUAUGACCUCUCAAAUAAACCAAGAGAAUUUAUUUCGAGAUGCAUUCAAGGUGGAAGAUGUAUGUUGUCAGAUAACAUGAAACAAAAGAGCAAAAAGAAACUCAUUGCUGACUUCGACACUGUUUCAUUAUAUCCUUCAGCUAUAGCAAGACUUUAUACUUUAGAAGGAAUUCCAAAAGUAUUGAAGGAUGAGAUGCUAAGCACAGAGUAUCUCAUGAGACAUUUAUUCGAUGAUGACCAAA